AUGGCACAAAGGAUAUACCAUGAAGGGGGAAAAGAUGGACGAUCGGUCCUGGGGAUGCUUGCAGUUCAAGUGGAGAAAGACCCAAAGACAGGUGCUUCCAUCGUGAGGUCUGUCACGCCUGUGUCAGGAGCCGCCGGCCCUCAGGUGGCCAAUAGCAUCUUUGACGACGGUCGGAAGAGUAUCCACGCUGUUGGGGGCUCUGCAGCUCAGCCAUCCAGCGAAGAACUUGGACAGAUUUUGAGCGUGAUCGAUGGGGUCGGCAUGACGGCGCUUCUGGGCGAGGUCACCGUGACGCCUACGCCAGAAACUGUAAAAGCAGAAGAUUCCCAAAAAUCUCAAGAAAAUGAUUUGUCUUUUUCAACCGUAAACCACUCCAAAGGUCCAGACAUUAAAGGUCCUGUCACCCUUAUGUUCAUGGGAUACACCGAUGGACGGGCCGACGCUGAGGAACCAGGAGCAGAACCCCAGGGCAUGCUCACAGCGGAGAGAGUCAUCAUCACUGACGAAGGAGAGGAGCUUGUGCUUGGACAAGACUCGGCCGCUCCCCCUCAGAAAGAUAAAGGUGACAUGACAGCUCAGAAGGCAGCCAAGGAGUCCCAGGACGCUCCGCUGUUCCAGGAUGUUCCACUGGGAGGGGCGAAUGAGGCAAAGCCAAGAGAGGGUGGGGAGAACGGACAGCAAAAACCAGAACAUGUAGCAGAGCCCCAGGAGAAGAGCAAAUGCAAAGCCUGUCAAUGCUGCACCGUUAUGUGA